GUUCGCCUCAACACUAGUCCCUGCAGCGUUCCCACUGACAAAGUCGUCGGGUUGGCAAUUGGCGGUGAAUGUCCUACCAUCGCGGUUGUUUGCAGGCGGCUCCAGGCUCGGGAAAAGCGGAGAUGAAAUGAGUGAUUUCUGGAAGGGUUGAGGAAGCUCCUGUUGAAAAAUGGACGAAUGGAAUAGAAGUGAAGGCCGGCAGACGCGAGAAAGCCCAAAUGAAGAGUGUGGAUACAACCAGAGGCCAGGAGAAAUCUCGCAGGUGGAGCCCACUUCUGAGAAUGAACCUAUCAAUGAGAAUGGGAGAUGUAACAGUUUACCAAUGAGGGAUACACAAGACGCGGAGUGUUCCAAAGAUCCAAAAGAGCUUCAAGUCGGAGCAGAUAAUGAAGUUUCCUCAGAACCUCUAAAUGGUAAAGAGAGAUCUGAUGAGAAGCCAUUGAUUGAUGAACAAGAUUCAGAAAGUUCCGAGAAUCCAAAGGAAUUUGAAGUUGACGAGGAUAAUGAAGAACCCAUGAAUGAAAAAUGGAGACAAGAUGAGAUACCGACAAAUGCGCAAGACUUGAAUUGCUCCAAGGAUCCAAAAGAAAUUGACAUUGAAGAAGAGAAUAAAGAAGCCACUCCUGAAGACCACAGUGACAAGAAGCCAGUAAGAGAUGUGGAAAGUUCACAAUGUGCUAAGAAGCCAGACCAAACACAGAAUGAAAGGGCAAAUACAGAAUCCUGGAAUGAAAAAUGGAAACAUGCCAAGAGUUCAAUAGAAAGUGUGCCAAAGUCACAUCUUACUGAAGAAGCCAACAAACAUCAAAGUGAUGGAGAUCAAGAACAUUCAAGUUCCUCGGAAAACCCUAAGAAGUCUCACAAAGAAAUGAGUCAAAGCUCAUCAAGAAGAGCUAGGUCCACUGAAGGCCAAAGCACUGACCAGCUCAGGAUACCGACAAUCAUUAGUUCCUUCAUAACAAAUGAGACUGACAAGAUAGUAACACCACGUCCUUCGAUAAGGAAUGCAAGGAAAAGAAAUGCUGAUCAUGGACCUGGUUCAGAAUCUUCAGAGCCUCAAAAGAAGUCUUGUAAAGAUGGAGCUGCAACUGAGAUGUAUCUCCAUAUCAGCAUGGAACAACAUCCUCCCACUAUUCUUGAAGGUCUGGAAUCACAAGAACCAGAGAAGACAGACUGUUCAGAUGAUGUUGGCUUUGACACAGUGCUCACUGCAGAUGGGAACCAGGCUGAAGAUGACAAAGAACUUGUGGCAUCACUUGAGAGUCCUGCAGAUGAAGAUGCUGUUGCAGAAUCUGAGAUGGAGUUUGACAGAGUACAGGACUUUUCCGGGCCAACUAUGUUUUCUGAUGCUGAUUGCCAUCACUUGAACAAAAGAGAGCCACAAGACUAUGUUGAUGCAAAACAAAGUUCACAGUUUAGUGGGCUAAAUACUUUUGCUGAUGCUCUCCCACACUCAAGCAAAAGGGAGCCCUGGGGUUUCACUGAUACAAAGCAUAGUUCACAGUUAACUAGGCCAAAUGCUUCUGUUGGUGCCCACCAGCGCACAAGAUACAGGGAGCACUGGAGUUUCACUGAUACUAAACAAAGUUCACAGUUUAACAGGCCGAAUGCUACUGUGGUUAGUCAUCAACGCUUCAGUUACACGAAGCCCCAGAUUUACACUGACAGAAAGCAAAGUUCACAGUUUAUCGGACCAAAUGUUUCCGGAUCCAGGCUCCUUUUCUGGAAGUUUGCAAUUACGCUAAUUGGACUGAUUGUAAUUUUGAGCAUCUUUGCAUACUGGCAUUGGACAUCUGAAAGUACUGCUCAUCAGUUGAUAAAAGAGAGAGAGGUUUGCUUCCUCAAGAAUUGGAACAAGAUCCAGAACAGGUUCCCAAAUCAAUGUGAGGAACUAUGGAUACGCAGUGAGAUUUUAUUGAAGAAUCAUGCAGCCAAAGCAACACCCACUUGGCCUGCUGUACUAAUAUUUGCUGCUGCUCAGGAUGCACAGAAAACCUUGCAUUGUCUUGCACGUGAGGUCGCGGGGGCCUAUGCCUCAGCCUUCAACUCUGGUGUGGUAGAAAUUGAUGGAUCUGUACAGUACCUCAACAGCAAUGAAAUGAAGUUGGCCAUGGACAGCCAGUUAAUGUCUGAGUUUAAUAAGGGAAGAAAGGCAGCAGUUAUUUAUCACUUUCAGGAUCUGCCACUAGAUUCUUCCCUUCUGUUCUACAAAUACUGUGACCAUGAAAAUGCAGCCUUCAAGGACAUCUCCAUGUUGAUCACAGUGACACUGGAUAAUUCAACACUGAAACCAGAUUUGUCUCUUAAAACCACAGAAGAAAUAGUGCACAACUUCCUCAAGAAGAAAUUUUGCUCUGACACCCAGGCUGCACACCGUGAGGUGGCUGUAGACAAACUGAGUGGCCUGUGGAGCCGCAUUGCCCAUGUGGUGCUCCCAGUCAGGCCCGAAAAUGAAAUUGAAGCUAAGGGCUGUCCAGAGAUUUAAAGAAAUACACUUUUAGCACUACAUUGCUAAAAAUGUCUGGUUAGGUCAAUUGUGGAGAAUAUUUUAUAAAUAUUAUCAUAGAUAGAAUCUGGAUCUUGUAUUUUCUAGGGUUGGUGCAGAAAAAUAAUAUAUUUUGAAGCUCUGCUUAUAAGAAUUUGUAUUAUUAUUACUACUGGUUUUUCUGUGUCCUCUUUAGCAUAUUGUUGUCACCUCUAACCCGAACUUGCGCAGCCAAUUUAUAGUGGCAUGCAAAAGUUUGGGCACCCCGGUCAAAAUUUCUGUUACUGUGAAUAGUUAAGUGAGUAGAAGAUGAACUGAUCUCCAAAAGUCAUAAAGUUAAAGAUGAAACAUUCUUUUCAACAUUUUAAGCAAGAUUAAUGUAUUAUUUUUGUUCUGUACAAUUUUAGAGUGAGAAAAAGGAGCACCAUGCAAAAGUUUGGGCACCCCAAGAGAUUUGAGCUCUCAGAUAACUUUUACCAAGGUCUCAGACCUUAAGUAGCUUGUUAGGGCUAUGGCUUGUUCACAGUCAUCGUUAGGAAGGCCAGGUAAUGCAAAUUUCAAAGCUAUAAAUACCCUGAUUCCUCUAACCUUGUCCCAACAAUCGGCAGCCAUGGGCUCCUCUAAGCAGCUCCCUAGCAGAAUGAAAAUUAAAAUAAAUGAUGCCCACAAAGCAGGAGAAGGCUAUAAGAAGAUAGCAAAGCGUUUUCGGGUAGCCGUUUCCUCAGUUCAUAAUGUAAUUAAGAAAUGGCAGUUAACAGGAACGGUGGAGGUCUGGAAGACCAAGAAAACUUUCCGAGAGAGCUGCUCAAAAGAGAGCUGCUAGAAAGGCAAAUCAAAACCCCUGUUUGACUGCAAAAGACCUUCAGGAAGAUUUAGGAGUGGUGUGCACUGUUCUACUGUGCAGCGACACCUGCACAAAUAUGACCUUCAUGGAGGAGUCAUCAGAAGAAAAAGUUCCUGCGUCCUCACCACAAGAUUUAGCGUCAGAAGUUUGCAAAGGAACGUCUAAACAAGCCUGAUGCAUUUUGGAAACAAGUCCUGUGGACUGAUGAAGUUAAAAUAAAACUUUUUUGGCCGCAAUGAGCAAAGGUAUGUUUGGAGAAAAAAGGGUGUAGAAUUUCAUGAAAAGAACACCUCUCCAACUGUUAAGCACAGGGGUGGAUCGAUCAUGCUUUGAGCUUGUGUUGCAGCCAGUGGCACGGGGAACAUUUCACUGGUAGAGAGAAGAAUGAAUUCAAUUAAAUACCAGCAAAUUCUGGAAGCAAACAUCACACUGUCUGUAAAAAAGCUGAAGAUGAAAAGAGGAUGGCUUCUACAACAGGAUAAUGAUCCUAAACACACCUCAAAAUCCACAAUGGACUACCUCAAGAGGCGCAAGCUGAAGGUUUUGCCAUGGGCCUCACAGUCCCCCGACCUAAACAUCAUUGAAAAUCUGUGGAUAGACCUCAAAAGAGCAGUGCAUGCAAGACAGCCCAAGAAUCUCACAGAACCAGAAGCCUUUUGCAAGGAAGAAUGGGCAAAUAUCCCCCAAACAAGAAUUGAAAGACUCUUAGCCAGCUACAGAAAGCAUUUACAAGCUGUGAUACUUGCCAAAGGGGGUGUUACUAAGUACUGACCAUGCAGGGUGCCCAAACUUUUGCUUCAGGCCCUUUUCCUUUUUUGUUAUUUUGAAACUGUACAAGUUGGAAAUAAAAAAGUAACCUAGCUUAAAAUAUUAAAGAAUUGUGUCAUCUUUAACUUCAUGCCUUUUGGAAAUCAGUUCAUUUUUUACUCGCUUAGCUAUUCACAGUAACAGAAAUUUUGACCAGGGGUGCCCAAACUUUUGCAUGCCACUGUAUAUGAAAGAUGCAAUUUGAAUGUUGGCUGUUGCACAACACUGUGUUAUGCUGUGCGUUGCAUAAAAGGAGAAUCUGGCUGGAUGGACUCCUGGAGCUUUCAUUACUCUCACUGUUUGCUCCAACUGCCUCACCUCCAGCUAUCGAACUAUUAAAGUGUCUAUUGUUACCGGUGGGAAAGUGAAUUUUCAUUCAGAGAUGCAUUUUCUUCAGAGCUUCAACAUCUUUGUAAUGAAUAAACAAGUGUUUUGAGAGAAUACUUUUAAAACCCUUUAGCUUUCUUUCUCUUUCAUUCUAAGUGGUUAAUAAUUCACCAGAGAUCAGUUAUUAAUCCAAACUAUGUGCAUAGCACCACUAAUGUCCAUACUUUGGUGAGAAUAAUCUGGGAGUGGAGGGUUGAGUUAAUCAGCACCUUAGUAGUAUCCUGGACAAGACUGAAAAGCAAACCUAUUUGUGUAACCCCUUGACUGUAGUAAUUCCAUGUUCCACGGUAAAAUUGGAGAGAAGAUACCAGAAGAAGCUUGUUCACAGAUAAAUAUUUGUGGGUUUGCUGGACCCAAAUCUAAUAAAAAUCCAAUUCAAUUAUUCCUGGUGCUAUCUUGCAUACUUCGAUAUUGUCAUUGAUAACCCAUUCCAUCAAAAGCGGCAUCAACAUUUUCUCAGCAAGCCGUUGGUGCUUUUAUUCUGAAACCUAUAGCAAUGCUUUGAGUUGGGAUUGUAUAUAUUUUUAUAAAGCUAUUUUAUGUAUUUGUUACCCUGAGGAAGGUCCAAGAUUUUCAUCAAGUUGCAUUUGAUUAGAAUUCAUAAUAAAAGCUUGUAGGAAACUUAUGAUUGACAUUUUGUUCCUCUUUUGAAAACAAGUUUGAUGAAAACACUACUUUUUUCCAAUUUUUGUAGUGGAAAUUUAAGUUCACACAGUGCCCUUGAUUGAAGGCUGGGAAAUGAAAGGAAGUUGUAGCAGCAUGGAGAUAAAAUUGGCUAAGCAGCAAGAAACAGUGAAUGGUUGUAUAUUAGAUGGCGGAGAAUUUGUACAGUGCAAUUCUCUGCUCUCGCUCUCUCUUUCCAUCUACUUAUGUAUAUGUAUCUAUAUCUCCAAUAGGACUAGUGGAUUAGCAAAUUUCUGCACAACUGUAUAUUAUUUGAAUAAUGCUAAACAAAUUUUAGUUUUCUUUUUAAGCUGUUGCACAGUAUUAUAAUAAAUUUCCUCGAUAAGUUUAAAGGGAAUAUGGGAAAUGGGAUGCUGGUCAGUUUAAAGACAGACACAAGCAAGACCCCUUAAAAGUUGGAAGGAGCAUGGGACUUGGGCCCCUGUGAGCUGGAAAAGGACACAUCAAUCAUUAACUAAGCCAGAUACAGAACCAUCAGGUUUUCUGAAUGGUUGGAUCAAGGACACCCGUACAGCUGCACAUUAAUGCAAAUAUAUAAUCGGCCAAUCAAGUGGCAGCAACUCAAUGAAUAAAGGCAUACAAACAUGAUCAAGAGGUUCAGUUGUUGUUCAGACCAAACAUCAGAAAGACCAUGGAAUGAUUGUUGGUGCCAGAUGGGGUGGUUUCUCAGAAACCUCUGAUCUCCUAAGAUUUUCUCUAGAGUUUACAGAGACUGGAGCGAAUAACCAAAAAAAAAAUCCAGUGACUGGAGUUAUGCUGGAAAAAAAUGCCUUGUUAACGAGUGAGGUCAGAGAAUGACCAGACUGGUUCAAGCUGACAGGAAGGUGAUGUUAACCAAAAUAACCACACAUUACAACAGUGGUAAGCAAGCAGUAGAGCAUCUCUGAAUGCACCUUGAAGUGAGCUACAACAGCAGAAGGCUACAAACAUAACCACUUUAUUAGGUACAGGAGGUAUUUCCUCUAAUGAAAGAUCUUUCUGCACCUUUCUCAUUUUUCAAGGUUUAGCUUUAGUGUAUGAUUAUUUCUGGAAAACCCUAAAAUGUGUGAAGAGCGUCUGCAAUAUUCACAUCCCAACCAAUGUAUACACUU